CGACUUUUUUCGUGGAGUGUCUGCAUGAUGUGGCGUGUGAUGCUAAAAUCAAGAAGUUUUUUGAGUUCUAUUUUGUAAUAUAAUUUCUUCAACGUAAGAGAAUGAAUAUGUCGCUGCUGCAAGUCAAGGGCUGGUUGAAAGCUCAACAUAUACAGGUCCAUGAUGAGUGGAUAGAAGCUUGCUUGGAUUGGCUUAUGUCCGAGCAUCAGGGAAAAGUGUUAAAUGAUACCAACCUCAAGUCUAUGGUGUAUGAGCAGUGGUUAGAUUCCGAUUUGUCUGAAAUAGCGCCACCUAUAUUGCCUAUUGGCAUCAACAAGGAGACAAAAACUGAGUUGAAAGGAAAAUAUGCUUUACAAAUGAACUAUGUUGAGGAUGUCAGUGAAUCCGCAUACACUCAGCUUCAAAAGGUCAAAGGUAAAGAGAAUGCUAAUGUGUUUGUUACUGCGACACCAGCACCACAGAGCCAGUACAAUGCAAAAUCGAGUCGAAUGUUGAUGUUGUGUUUGACGGAUGGUCAUCAGAGUGUGCAAGCAAUGGAGUAUAAACCAAUACGAUGUCUUAGUACAAAUCUACCACCAGGAACAAAG